AUGACAAUUGCUGGUAGCGACUCUUCUGGAGGCGCUGGGAUUGAAGCUGAUUUGAAAACAUUUAGUGCGUUUGGUGUUUAUGGAUUGACAUGUAUAACAGCUUUGACUGCUCAGAAUACAACAGGUGUUCGAAGAUUUGAUAAAACUGGACAGAAAUUGGCAAAGGAAAUCUUGGCUGCUAAUUUAGAGGAUAUGUUGUAUGCAUAUACACCAGAUACUGCACCCUUGAAGGUAAUCAAGACAGGAAUGCUCACAAACGAAGCAAUUGCCGAAUUAAUUGAUCAAAUGCCCAAAAUAAACGAAUAUAAAGUGAAGUUGAUUGUCGAUCCUGUCAUGAUUAGCACUUCGGGGUCUAAACUAUCAGACGAUAAUGGCAUGAAAUUAUGUGUUGAUAAAUUGAUGAAUCAGGCGUUUUUGGUAACACCUAAUUUUCCAGAAGCUAUGGCAUUGUAUGAGUUGACUGAUGGGACUGAAAGAAAAAUAACCAUAAAUUCAAUGAAUGACUUUAUCGAGUUUGUAAUAUCACUACAAAAGUCUUUAGGAUGCAAAAAUAUACUCGUUAAAGGUGGGCAUAUACCAUUUACUAAAAAUAAUAAACCUGUAACAAAUUAUAACCACAGUAAUGCCCAGAUUAGAGACAUAUUAUAUGAAAGCGAGCUGGAGAGAGUUACGGUUUUUCAAUCUGCGUAUAUUGAUUCCAACGAUAAUCAUGGUAGUGGGUGUACUUUAGCUUCGGCUAUUUCUGCUAAUGUUGCCAAGGGUUUGCUGUUGGAAGAUUCAAUUUUAAUAUCAAUCGAUUUCAUCCAUCGAGGAAUGAUCAGUCUGGCAAAUAAGUUAGGAUUCGGUAAUAGCCCAUUAAACCAUACAGUGACUCCUGCCCAUGUUGCUAGUUCUGUUAUCAAAACAUCCAACAGUAUGCCGACAACAUUUUUGAACCAGUCCGGUGAAUUCUUGGAUUAUCUUAUUAAUCAUCCAGAUGUGAACAAUAAUUGGAAAAACUACACCGAACACAAAUUUGUCAAAGAUCUAGCUGAAAACAAUCUUCCAUUUAAUAAGUUUUUGUAUUUUCUUAAGCAGGAUUACCAUUAUCUUGUAAACUAUGCUCAAGUACACGGUCUUGCUGCUUCAUUGGCUCCAACAUAUCAACAAACACACGCACAAGCAACAAUUAUUGCGGAAAUUGUGGAAGAAAUAGAACGACAUAAACAGAAACUUGCAACCACAUACAAUAUCGACUAUGAAACUGACAUAGAUUUGGACUUAGAAUUAUCACCUGGUCCAGCUUGUAUGGCGUAUUGCAAUUACUUACUUGAAGUUGGUAAGAGAGAGGACUUUUUGGGUGUCAAAGUUGCUCUUGCUCCUUGUUUGCAUGGGUAUGCCGAAGCUGCUGUUAUGGGUCAAAAAAUACGUAAACGUCUGCAAAAUGAUGGAGUCGUCGACAAUGAACAAGCUGCAGUGUAUCAAUCAUGGUUAGACGAUUACACGUCAGAUUGGUAUACUCAUGCGGAAUCAGAAGGAAGGAAGGCCUUACAGCUGUUGGUUAAAUCAAUGCCUCCAAAUGAUAAAAGAAUCGAAGAAUUAGUUCGAAUCUUUAAUAGAGUAACCUUAUUGGAAAUAGACUUUUGGGAUGAAGUGUUGAACAUAUGA